AUAAAAGCAGUUUUCCUUACAUUUCCCUUACAUUAACAAUGUCUGCUGCGAAAUCCCUUUUGUUGAUCGCACUUUUCAGUGCUUUACAUUCUUCUGUUCUUACAGAUACUCCUUUUAACUUAUGUGCUACGGAUAUUGUAAGCAUCAUCAUCACCAACUUCAAUUUGAAUAACUGCCAAACAAGCUCCUGUGUCUUAAUAAGGGGACAAAGACUGUUCAUGUCUUUAACUGCAACUUUUUUGAAGGAAGUCGGUGCCAAAAACGAUACAACUGUCACAUUUGAGAUUAGGGGCGGUCCAUUUCCCGUUUCUCUUACUGUUCCAGUCUGUCGUAAGGUACAGUGUCCUAUACCAGCAGGUGAUAUUAGGCAACCUUCGGUAAACCUCCCAGUGCCUGAAUAUAUUCCAUUGGGCACUUAUAUAGCCAGAGCGUCAGUCAAGGAUGGCGGUUUGACGGUAUUGUGUGGAGAAAAUGAAGUUGUUAUAGCAGAUGCCUAAUGCAUCGCAUCGGGAAUGUAUCAUUAAUGGUAUUUUAUUCACCUAGUAGGUAUAUAAGGAGGCUUGUGAAAUCUGAAUCUGCAUCAUAAUCCCUCUCUAGAGUAGCUAUGUAAGGUCUUAUUUGAAAACCUAUCAUAAACUAUAGAACCUAAAAAAAAGUCAAGAUAUAGAAUUGAAGUAAAACACUUUUCCAUUCAAAAGAGAGUGUAACCGCCUCUGCUGAAGGGCUCUUGUCGGGAAUCUAAAGAUGAACUCUGCAGUGUGUUGCGGUCUUACAAAAAAGUCGGAAAAAUGGGUUUUACAUAUGGUGACCAGACAGGUUUUGGCCCUCUGUAGGACACCAUUGCGUUAUAGUGAACGACCCUCCAUCCAACCUGAACGGUAGUCCCAAAGCCUGGAAACACAUCCUAAUCGCAGGAGCAGCUUUGACCUUAACGAAUUCAAAUGAUUAACGUUUUAUAGAAACGGGACGUUUUCUAUCAGCCUAAUGCCAUUGAAUCCUAAAAUUCAAGGGAGUGCUAAAAGAAGUCGCUGAGAUAAAGGAAAGAAUGUUGUUUAAUGCUAUAUGAGAACUACACAUUUUGCGCGACAAGCAAUUUAUCCAUAAACAGAUAAUCGUUGCGAAUAGCGAAUUGAAAGUUUAGAGUAGGGUACGAAAACGAAUCGAAAACAUUAUAUACUAUGUUGUAUAUACCAUUUUGCCAUCCUCUCUAAUUUUAUACUUCAAAAAAUCAAAAAAUGGCUAAAUG